AAGAAUGAGAAAGACGGAGGCGAGGUUCUACGCGGAGACGUACCACCCGAUUCAAGCCGGAAGCAUCGACGGCACCGACACUCUCCCUCACGACAGCACAGUCUACCGAGCCUGGCUUUGCUCUUCCGCCGCCCUCUACGACCCUUCCGGCGAUCCCAAGCUCAUCGGCGACCCUUACUGCACUCUCUUCGUCGGCCGCCUCUCUCACCUCACCGCCGAACACACUCUUCGCCAGGAUAUGAGCAAGUAUGGUCGGGUCAAGAACUUGCGUUUGGUCAGGCAUAUUGUAACCGGUGCGUCGCGUGGCUAUGCAUUUGUUGAAUUCGAAACCGAGAGGGAGAUGCGGUGUGCAUACAAGGAAGCUCACCAUUCCCUUGUUGAUGACUAUGAAAUUAUUGUUGAUUACAACAGACAGCAGUUGAUGCCAGGAUGGAUUCCAAGACGGUUAGGAGGGGGUUUUGGUGGUAAGAAGGAAUCUGGGCAGCUUCGUUUUGGAGGACGAGAAAGACCAUUUCGAGCUCCCAUUCGUAUUCCAUAUGAUGAUCUGGAGAAACGUGGAAUCCCACCUAUACCAGAAGGGCGAUACAUGUCCCGUUGUCAGGACCCAUCCCCACCUAGAAAACAAAGAAGUUCAGUCGAUAGGGAAGAAGGUUCUCACAGAAGGUCAGUGGAUUCUGUGGAUAAGGACGACAGGUUUCACAAAAGGCCUACGGAUGGUGAUUACCUCUCAUCCACGGGGAACUCUGAUGAUUCAGCUCAACGCCAUCACAGUAGGAGCUCUAGAGAUAGAGAAGAAGCUACUUACAGUAAGUGCCGUGACAGGGAAGCAAGCAUGCCCAAAACCAGUCCUGUUGAUAAGCAAGAAUCAUUUUGUAAAAAAUCUAUGGAUCUGGAGGACCUUUCCAUCCAAAGAAGCUCUGUUCAUACGGAAGAAUUAUAUCGCAGUAGGACAUCUGUGGAUGUGGAAGAGCGUUCGGACAAAAGGAGCUCUAGGGAUAGGGAUGAGCGUUCACUCAAAAGGAGCUCUAGGGAUAGGGAUGAGCAUUCACACAAAAGGAGUUCUAGGGAUAGGGAUGAGUGUUCUCACAGGCGGCACAAGUCCCGUCAGCAUGAGAGGUCUACUAGUUAUGACCACUCCUAAAAUCUGGAUCUGGGAGGGCAGCAAUGGGAAUGAUAAGGAGAGAAUUAUGAUGCAGCAAACGGAAUCUUGCUUUAAGACCCUUCUGGAACUGUAAGAAUUAGUAAGACCCUGCUGGAACAGUAAGAACUAGUGAGUGAGCACUAAUGCAGGAGCUAUUGUUGAUCUUCAGCUGCAUCAAAAAAGAACUGGGCAACAGUUAAGAUUCCUGCUAAGGUAGCCAGUCAAUUGAUGAUAUGAUUUAUUGUCUACUGUAAUCGGGGAGACCAGAAAUGGUUAGUUUUGAACUUGUCUGUUUGCUCUUGACAGUCGGUAAAGAUUAUUUAAGUUUGAAUUUCAGCCCAAGUUAAGAGUUCACGUGAACGAUAUGUCUAUACUCUACUAUGCAUCAGAAUAAAAGAUGAGCUCCAUGCAAAUUGCGGAGUUACUAGAAGUCUAGAACUAUUGUGUCACCUCAACUUUUGGCAAAAUUGUAGAGAAGAGAGUUGGUUGCUCACAUUUUGACGAAUUUUAGAUCUCACUUCAGGGGUUCAGCUUCUCCUCAAGGGUCUCCACUUCUGGUGAGUUCUUUUUCACUUUCUCCCUCCUCUUUGUGACUGAUCAUAAUUUGAAGUCAAAUGUUUGAUGCAUUGCAAGAUGCUUUGGUUCUGCUAUUUGGCCGGUGGCUCUUGGUCAUCUUUGGUAUAUUUGGAACCUUUGACGUAGUAGUAUAUUUGAUCCAUUUCCAGACGGACAGUGGACAUACCAAGAGAAAAAUCUGCGGAAGUGAAAGGAGUUAAUUUGGCAACCAGAAAUUGAUAUAUAUGUAUCAACAAAAGGUAUAACCUUAGGGAUCAUGGAUCAUCUUUGCUAAAUACUAGUAUAGCUUUGUAUGGUUUUAAAAACUGGUCUUUAUGAAAAGCUCCAUGGCGAAAUGCAUGGUAAACUCAAUGUAUCAUGCUUCAAGGCUUCCAGUUUAUAGCCUGUAAACAUGAAGAAAAUCUAAACUAUCUCGACUUUCAGACUAUUGCUCCAAAGUUCUUUUGAUAAAGAAUUGCUCAUAAUGUUUA